CAAGAUACAGAGCUACAGACAACCUCAUUCUUAGCAAAGGAAAAAAAAAUCCAUACAACUAAAUUUCUGUCUUACACCUGAGGCCUGUACUACAGAGCAGGAUUUGGGGCUGUUGAGGUAUCUUCAAAGUUAUCCUUGAGUUUUCAGUCCUAUGAAGCUGGUUUACUUUUUGCUGCUCCGGAACGGGUUAACUUCAAAGGAUCGAUUUACAUCCUGUCAACACACACUUUUAUAGAUCAUCCCAGUAGAGAAUUACUCCUCAGAUUCAAUGCUGGCCGAUUGAGACAGGCAUGGUCUCAGCCUUCAAGUGACACUCCCACCUCCCUUCCUCUUGUCUCGGUCAACACCCCUCCAAUCAUUUUAUUGUUCUAUUCUUUUACCUCGUCUCAGUUUCUGGUGCUACCAGGAAUCAGUCCGUCCUCUCUGUCACCUCCCUGUUACCUUCUCCGAGCUGAGGCUGACGGCUGUAAAUCCUUCACAAUGGUUGCUGAGGUAGACUCAGCGUCUCAGGACAGUGGUGUACGGCUAAAGCAGGAGAUUUCCCUCCUCCACGGGGUCUGUCUCAUUGUGGGGAAUAUGAUAGGCUCCGGUAUCUUCGUAUCACCUAAGGGAGUUCUCAUGUACACAGGCUCAUUUGGCUUGUCCCUGAUCGUAUGGGCCAUUGGAGGGGUAUUUUCUGUUGUUGGAGCGCUAUGCUAUGCUGAGCUGGGUACUACCAUCCGUAAAUCCGGAGCCUCCUAUGCCUACAUCCUGGAGGCCUUUGGAGGUUUCUUGGCUUUUAUUCGACUGUGGACGUCGUUGCUGAUAGUUGAGCCAGCUUGUCAGGCAGUGAUAGCGCUGACCUUCUCCAACUACCUGGUCCAGCCCUUCUACCCUACCUGUCCAUCCCCCUAUGCUGCCGUCCGUCUCCUCGCUGCUGUCAUCAUAUGUGCGCUGACUUUUGUGAACUGUAUGAAAGUGAAAUGGGGCGCUAUUCUUCAGGUCGUCUCCACCGUAGCUAAGGUCCUCGCUCUCAUUGUUAUCAUCAUUACUGGCCUGGUUAAACUGGGACAAGGUUUUGACCAGAACUUUGAGGACUCGUUCAAAGGCUCCAAGCUGAACCCUGGUGACAUGGCCCUGGCCCUCUAUUCAGCUCUCUAUUCCUACUCUGGCUGGGACACACUCAACUUCAUUACAGAGGAGAUCAAAAACCCAGAGAGGAAUCUGCCCUUGUCCAUCGCUAUCUCCAUGCCUGUUGUCACUGUGAUCUACAUCCUGACCAACAUAGCUUACUACGUCGUCAUGGAUGCAGAUAAAGUGCUUAGCAGUGAAGCUGUUGCUGUGACGUUUGCAGAUGAGGUGCUGGGCUGGGCUCGGUGGCUGAUCCCUCUAUCCGUGGCCAUUUCCUGCUACGGUGGCCUCAACUCCUCCAUCAUUGCUGCCUCCAGGUUGUUCUUUGUUGGUUCCCGAGAAGGCCACCUGCCUAAUGUCCUGUGCAUGAUCCACAUAAAGCGUUUCACCCCAAUUCCUGCACUGCUUUUCAAUGGUGGCAUGUCUUUGUUCUACUUGUCUGUGCCUGACGUUUUCCAGUUGAUCAACUAUUUCAGUUUCAACUACUGGUUGUUCAUCGGCCUGUCAAUAGCCAGCCAGAUCUACCUUCGUUUUAAAGCUCCUGAUCUGCACCGACCAGUUAAGCUCUCUUUGUUCUUCCCCAUCCUCUACUGCUUGUGCAGCAUAUUCCUGGUAGUGGUUCCCCUCUACAGCGACACCAUUAACUCUCUGGUGGGAAUUGCUGUGGCACUGUCUGGCGUACCAGUCUACUUCAUUUGCAUCCAUCUGCCGCCCAGUUCCAGACCAGCCUUCCUCAAAGAUAUGCUCGAUGAGAUCUCUCUGUACACCCAAAAACUGUGCAUGUGUUGCGUGGCCUCGCCUGAUAUCGACUUGGACAAUAUAGACCCGGAGAAGAUCGAGUGAUGGAGCAACAAAGGCCUUGUGUGAAAUGCUGUAUGGAGGGAAAGCGGAGGAAGAAUGAACACAAAGGAAGCUGUGGGAUGCAGACAAUCAGGAUUUAGAUGAGUAUAGGUUGAUUGAUUAAAGAUGGAUGAACAAACUGGAGAUAUGAGCUCAACACACCUCCUCUCCUCCUCUCCUCUCACACAUGAGCCACAUGUGCAAAAGAGCAGGAUUUUAUUUAGAAUAAAUUAAAAUUGUGUAUGUGAUAACCCUCCAACAGAAAGCACUGUACAGAUUAAGCGAGUGAAACUUGAGCACACUCACAUGCUCUUACACAAUGCGGUACUGGCUGUGCAGUUUCCUCCACACAUGCGCCCAUACUCAGCAACUCACACACACACAUAAGCUGACUGAAAGCCUUAGUGUGACACUAUGACAAAUGGAAAUUAACAACAUGAUCUACGAGGAAUUGACUCAGCGAAAUGCCUGAGGUGAUUUAUACACAAGCAGGAGGUUGGUACGGAAAAUACACCGUGGAUUUAGAAGCGUUCAUGCCUUACAUGCAUUGGGUCACGUCUCUCAUUUUAACUAAGUUACUUAGAUCAUGUGAAUGUGUGAAAGGUCGCCUGGGUGGUUUAAUGCUUGUGACCCUUUUUAAAAUUAUGCCUGUAACUCCUAAUCAGAGGUUGAAAACUGUAUUUUUUCCAUCUUAUUUGAACAUUGUUAGGGGCCUUAAGAUUAGAAGAUGACUCAGUGAUUAAAAAUUUAAAGUCUGAUUACGCACAACCCCUCAGAUUUAUCUUGCAACCCAAUGGUGUGGGUCCUGACCACUGGUUUAAAUGCUGAAAGUUACAGACCUCAAGGCCGUCCCCCUGCUUGUGUGUGAAGGUUUUUAUUGGUUUGCAUCAACAUCAGACAGGUAAUUUUCCAUUAUGUGGUACUUGUAAAUGUGUUACAGUUCUAUUGUAGUGUUUUUUUAGAAUAAGCGUUUAAGCAGCAACUGUAUGGAUAUGGCAGCCAGACGACAGACCUCUGAGAACUAUAGCAAAUUUGCACAUCUUUGCAUUUUGUGUUUUGUUGUACAACUAGCUUGUUUAUAGAAAAGCUUUACUCUGAUCUGUUUCUGAACUGAAGGACCAAAAUGGACAGAUGAAAAUGGUUUGUAAUGAUUAGCUAGUGUCGAGGGAAGAAGAGAUUAUGUGCUGUUAUUUAUUGCAGUUUGAACAAGCUCGUGAUGUGUCAGCUCACUGCAGAUACGAUCAUAAAUCUGCUCAAACGUGCAGCCUGCUUUUGAUCCAACUCAGUCCAUGCAUGUGAAAUGUUUUUUUCUUUCCACUAAAUCCUUUAAAUGCAUCUUCAGGGCUAUAUUUGAUUUCUGGUGCCUCCUAGUGGUGAUUUAUAUUUACCUCCAGGGACAAGCUGUAAGAUUUUAUGUUGUUAUGCUGUCAUCUUGUUCUCUCUUUUCAAACCAAUACAAACCAGUGAGAGGAAUAUUUAGUGUUAUGGAUAUCAAAAAAGGAAAAAAAAAAUUAACUGUGUGAUUUAGAGCUGUAACGAUUAAUCGAUUAGUUGCCAGCUAUUAAAUUAAAUCAAUUAAUUUGAGUCUUUUUUUUUUCUUUUUUUUUUUAAAAAAGGAAAAAUUCUCUGAUUCCAGCUUCUUAAAUAUGAAUAUUUUGUGGUGUCUUUCCAUCUCUAUGACACUAAACUGAUUAUCUUUGAGUUGUGGACAAAACAAGACAUUUGAGGACGUCAUUUAAGGCUUUAAAGAAACACUGAUCGACACAGCAACUAAUCGAUUAAUCGAGAAAACGAUCACCAGUUUUAAUAACUAAGUUGCUACCUGAAUGGGGUCUUUGUAGAAACACACCUCAGGACCAACCACGCUGAUGUGCACACGUUGUUGCUGAUAUUUAUGGUCUUUAUCUUUCCACUUCUGUCUUAAGAGUUUGUAUCACAGAUGAGAUAUUUAAUGUAAUGUUGCCUUGUGAAUAUAUCACCAAAUUGGACCAUUUAUUCACCGUGUACACUAACUGAAGGUCUUAAACAGGCUGAUAGUUGGACCGUCUCUCUGCUCACAUGCUCACAGAGUGCAUGAGCCUGUAGCAAAGUGUCUCAGCUUUCUAGAUGAGAAAAUUAAUAGCUAUAGUAUAUUUGAGCUGUGGGUAGAAACUAGUCAGACAUGUUUGUACUGUAGUCUUUAAGAAAUGUAUGUGCCUUCUGUGAGUGUGGUCUGCAAAGGCCCUGUCUAUUUUUGAUAUAGUAACAUAGUUCAGUGUCUGAAGCAGUUAUAUUGACACGAUGCUGUAGGGUUUGCCAAAUGUUCAUCAGGUGGUCAAGCAGCUUCAGAUGUUGUAGGGGAGGUCAGUGAACCAUCAGCUGGGAAUAAUCAGGCCUUAGAUCAGACCGUAUAUUGUGUCUUUAAGCAGCACUUCUACAACACCAGCCAACGGAAGCACACAGAUACCUGUUUAAUGUUGCUUUCUGUGGGGUCAGUGUCAUUUUAACCAAACUAGUCAGUUGUGUGUAUUGUUAAAAAGAAAAGCGUUAUAUAUCUGCAGUAAAUACAUAAUAUUUUAAAUGUAUUUCCAAAUAUUUUCAUGUUAUGAACGUAUAUACUCAGAAAUCACAGGACUUGAAUGUUGCAGUAUAACUUAUAUUUGAUGUGUGUCAUCGGGGUACCAAAUACCGAUUUAUUUUUUUGGUUGGCUGGUUGGUUGUGUUAGAUAAAGUUGUAUUUUUGUGUAUUUGUACAACUGUGUCCUAAAGUGCUUGCUUUGUUGACCAUUUUUAUUUAUUCUUUUCUGGAUACAGACAAGCCAAAUGCUAAGAUUUACCUUUCAGUGGAGGAAGUCUUGGUUGCCCAGACGGAGACAGGAAGGUGUUUUAUUUGAAUAAAGGCGAGUACAUAAA